GACGCGUCUGCUGCAAAACGAGGCGAAAAGCCGCCGAAAGAAGAAGCAGUCAUAUGUUAUGAUGAAGGUGGGGUUUACUUUGAAUUAAAAACAAGAGCAGCACAUAAAUGUAACGUUAGGCAAGCCUGCUGAAAACCGAGCAAAACACUACUUGAAUCUAAAGGUGGCAUCAUGAGUCCAGCUCAAUGGGAUCUUCCCCCAGAGCUGUGCUGCAGGCCCGUGGCCUUUGUGGCUCUGACAGGACUAGACGUGGUUUAUAAUGCCAUCCACAGAGCCAUAUGGGAUGCCUUCUGUGCCAACCGGCGGGCGGACAGAGUGCCCAUCUCUUUUAAAGUUCUGCCCGGAGACAACGAGUAUCCAAAGUGCAGAACCAAGAGAACAUCAUAUGAGUGGUACAUCCCUAAAGGGAUACUGAAGACGGGCUGGAUGAAUAAACAUCUCAAUCUGGUGCCUGCGCUGGUCGUGCUGUUUUAUGAGCUGGACUGGGAUGAUCCACAAUGGAAGGAAAAGCAAUCCGAAUGUGCAACCAAAGUGGAAAUUGUCAGGACAAGUUUACAAGGAAGAAACACGAAGGUCGCUGUUGUUUUGAUUCAGAAGAAAACUCCUCUCCCACCAGGUGAAGAUCUGGUGGCAUCUGAGAGGGCUUCUGCUCUAUGUGGUGCCUGUGACCUGUCUGGGAAGUCCCUGUUUGUCCUGCCCCAUACGGACCACCUGGUGGGAUACAUCAUUAGGUUGGAAAACGCAUUCUACGAACAUGCACAGACCUACUAUUAUAAUGAGAUCAGGAGAGUGAAAUCUCACAAGGAGUUCCUCAAUAAAACUACACACCAGUUGCUGUUUGUCAGGCACCAGUUUAAAAUGGGCUUCUUCAGUGAACUAAAGCAGGACACUCAGAAUGCACUCAAAUAUUACAGGACUGCUUAUAGCCUCGUUCAUGAACUCAGAGCUCAUGAAACCAACAUGCUUGAGAUCAAAACCAUGGCUGGAUUCAUCAACUACAAGAUCUGCAGGCUCUGCUUUCAGCACAACACCCCGCUGGAUGCCAUUGCUCAGUUCCGCAAACACAUCGACCUGUGCAAGAAGAAGAUUGGUAGCGCUGAGCUGGCGUUUGAACACACGGCCUGGAUGUCCAAACAGUUCCAGUCGUUUGGUGAUCUGUUCGAUGAGGCCAUUAAACUGGGCCUCACCGCUAUUCAGACCCAGAACCCAGGUUUCUACUAUCAACAGGCUGCUUAUUAUGCACAGGAGCGCAAGCAGCAAGUGGGGCAACUCUGUAGUCAUGAGCCAGGCGUGGGCUACCCUGCACCUGACCCAUUAGAGACCACCUCCGGAGCUCUAGACUUUUAUGGACAGAGACCUUGGAGACAGGGACAUCAGAGCAUUGAUCCUCCAGAUUCUGAGAAGGAGAAACAAGGCAUCCUCGCUCUUCAAGUUAAAGAGAGGGACAUCCCUCAUUCGGAGCUGAUCAUUGCUCUCCUCAGCAAUGCUGUCGCUCAGUUUAAGAAGUACAAGUGUCCACGAAUGAAGAGCCAUCUCAUGGUUCAGAUGGGAGAGGAAUAUUAUCAUGCAAAAGACUACACCAAAGCAUUAAAACUGUUGGAUUAUGUGAUGUGUGACUACCGUACAGAGCGCUGGUGGUCUCUGCUGACGUCUAUAUUGUGCACGGCUUUGAAGUGCUCCUACCUCAUGGGUCAAGUGAAAGACUACAUCACCUACUCCAUGGAGCUCGUGGGCAGAGCCUCCAUCCUCCCUGAAGAGCAGAAGUCCAGGAUUGAGAAGAAUCUGAUUAAAGUGCUCAUGAAUGAAGUCCCAGAGCCUGAACCGGACUGUGACCCGUUGUCUGUGAAGACGGCCCAGUCUCUGUGGAGUGAUCGCAUCUCUCUGGCCGGCAGUAAUGAGUUCACCAUUGAGGUCCAGGACUAUGUGCCCUUUGUUCAGUGCAAAGCCAAGUUCCUGUCCCCUAGUUUCCACAUAGAUGAGCCUGUCCAGCUACACGUCUAUGUGAGAGCUGACUGCCCACAUCCUGUGCUAUACUCAAAACAAUGCACAACUCUUUUCUCAGUGGAUGUUUUUGAAUUGCAGGAGUAUAACCAGUACUGUUUACUGGAGGACGCCUCUAAAGGGAAGGAUAUUCUAGAACCUUCCACCCAGGAGAACAUGUGUCUUGUCCCAGGCAAAACCCGCAAAUACUGCUUCAAAUUUGUAGCCAAAACAGAAGAUGUUGGAAAGAAGAUUGAGAUUACGAGUGUGGGACUCAUGUUAGGCAGAGAGACGGCCCGAUAUGUCUAUCUGAACUGGCGGGGUGGCUGGGGGGAUGCUGCCUCUUCCCAUGAGACUUUGCAGGCUUGCCGCUCCUUUAAGAAGAGGACACGCUUCCCAGAGCAGCAGGUUGAUUGGGACACAGUUACUAUACAGUCCAGCUUAAGGAUCAUUUCCAGAGUGCCCAAAAUCUCUGUGCAGCUGACUCACGAGCCUCCAGCACUGACCAAUGAGAUGUACUGUAUGAUUGUUACCAUCCAAUCAGGAGAGGACACUGUGGCCAAAGACAUUAAACUUACUGCAGGCCUCAAACCAGGUCAGGAUGCCAAUCUCACACAGUCAACCCAAAUCACACUAAACGGCACUGAGGUGUGUGAUGAUUCUCAUCCUGCCCUGCUUCCUGACAUUCCCCUCGGAGAUCUGCAUCCUGGACAGAAGAUUGUGAAGCCCCUGUAUAUCCACUGCGUGAGCACUGGAUCCAGAAUAUUACUGUUUCACGUGGCUUAUUCUGUGAGUGCCACGGUCGAGGGCAAGGACAUCACCUGCAAAUGUCACAAAGAUGAAACUGUUACAUUAGAAACAGUUGUUCCAUUUGAAGUGGCAAUGAAGUUUGUGUCCAGUCAGUUUGAGCAUUUGGAGCGUGUGUACGUGGACAUCCCCUUCUUGUUGAUGAUGGAUAUUUUGAGCGCGUCUCCGUGGCCGAUCGAGUUGGUGAACAGUGAAGUGCAGCUGGCCUCCAGUAUGAAUGCCAUCGAUCAGCCCCAGAGUCAGGUAGAAGGAGUCACGCUUCAGACCAGUGAAUGUGCCAGUGAGUGUUUCCUGCUCAAAUGUCCUCCUGUUCAGAACGGCACCAGUACUGUGGCAUCUGGACACUACAUCAUUUCCUGGAAGAGAAAGUCAACAUUUGCUGAGACAUCAGUUGUGAGAACGAUCGUUACUCUGCCACAUGUGAUGGUCGAGAAUAUUCCACUUUAUGUUCAUGCAGAGCUGCCAUCGUUUGGUCGUGUGCGUGAGUCUUUACCUGUUCGGUACCAUCUGGAGAAUCGAACCGGGCUGGUUCAGGAUGUCGAGAUCACCGUGGAGCCCAGCGAUGCAUUUAUGUUUAGUGGACUCAAACAGGUGCGAAUGAGGAUUUUGCCCGGUGCAGAACAGGAGAUGUUGUAUAAUUUCUAUCCUCUGAUGGCGGGAUAUCAAGUCCUUCCUCAGCUCAACAUCAACCUGCUGCGCUUUCCAAACAUCUCCAAUCAACUGCUACGUCGCUUCCUGCCUUCACGCAUCUUUGUCAAGCCUCAGGGCAGAAAUGGAGACACUUCCAUAGAAGCAGCGUGAGGAAGAGAGGAGCACAUCUCCAAACUCAGAAGCAUUGUCAUGGAUACUAUUGCAGGAUGAAGGCUGAACAUUCCUCGGAGAACACCUGUUUACAGCUUAAUGAUUUGAAUUGUGAAUGAAAUAUUAGGGAUUUCAGUUGAUUUUGUUGUGUCUAGAUUGUUGCUUGUCAAACAAGACUGAAAUGAUGCUUGCAUAAUAACAGAUUUCAUCUACAUUACUCAUAUUCUCUAAAAUGUUCAUGAAAAUAACCUUGUAACUAAACUAAAUAACUGCUAAAUAAUGUUAGAAAUCAUUAAACUGACAUGAAACUAGCUGUUGAAUAAACUUUUUUUUUUUUUGCUUCAUUGUCA